CAGGGUCUCCGCGCAGGCGCAGUGGCUCGGCAGGCCUGGCCAGCAGGGGCUCCCUUGCCUUAGUCUCGGAGUGUGGGGUCGUGCCGCCCGCCCGGUCUCCCGGGUUCUCAGUCAGCCGAACGAUGCCGCGCUACUGCGCUGCGGUUUGCUGCAAGAAUCGCCGGGGACGGAACGAUAAAGACCGGAAGCUGAGUUUUUACCCGUUUCCUUUACAUGACAAAGACAGACUUGAAAAGUGGUUAAAGAAUAUGAAACGAGAUUCGUGGGUUCCCAGUAAAUACCAGUUCCUGUGUAGUGACCACUUUACCCCAGACUCUCUUGACAUCAGAUGGGGUAUUCGAUAUCUGAAACAGACUGCAGUUCCAACAAUAUUUUCCUUGCCGGAAGACAACGAGGGAAAAGAUCCUUUCAAAAAAAAAUCUCAGAAAAAAAAAUUAGAAAAUGAGAAGGAAGUAUACCUAAAGGCCAAGUCGGAAGAAUCCUUUGCAUCAAAUGUGGCAAACAAAAAUAUCGACACAGGUAUGCUGCCUAAACGUGCAGAACUGCUUGAUUCAUUUGCCUUGGUCACACCAGCUCCAAAAACAGGAACCAUACAAAAUAACUUACCAACUUUUAAUCUAGUUAAACAAGAUACUGAAAAUCCAGAAUCUACCUUGGAAACAUCAGUUAACCAGAAUACAGAUAUAGGUGGUUUUCACACAUCUUUUGAGAAUCUAAAUUCUACAAUUAUUACUUUGACAACUUCAAAUUCAGAAGGUAUUCAGCAGCCUUUGGAAACCCAAGAGGUCCUUGAAAUAACUACCAAUCAUCUUGCUAAUCCAACCCUCAUAAAUAAUUCCAUGGAAAUUAAAUCACAGGAAAGUCCAUUCUUACUCAGUACAAUUAAUCAAACAGUUGAAGAAUUAAACACAAAUAAAGAAUCUGUUAUUGCCAUUUUUGUACCCACAGAAAAUUCUAAACUUGCAGUUAAUUCUUUUACACCUGCCCAAAAAGAAAUGGAAAUGGAAGACGUAGAUAUUGAGGACUCCUUAUAUAAAGAUGUAGACUAUGGGACAGAAGUUUUACAAAUUGAGCAUUCCUACUGCAGACAAGACAUGAAUAAGGAACACCUUUGGCAGAAAGUCUCUAAGCUACAUUCAAAGAUAACUCUUCUUGAGCUACAAGAGCAACAAAUGUUAGGAAGAUUGAAAUCUUUAGAAGCUCUUAUAAGGCAGCUAAAACAGGAAAACUGGCUAUCUGAAGAAAAUGUCAAGAUUAUAGAAAACCACUUCACAACAUACGAAGUUACUAUGAUAUAAAGAGGCUUAAAGCUAUGACUUGUAUAUAAGCUUUUUCCAGCCAAACCAGAAGUUAUAUGCAAAGUGCACUUUUUCCUGUAUAAAUUCUAAUACUGAUGAAGCAGUGAAAGUCUUCUGAUAUUAUAAAUGGAAUCUUAUUCUUGUAAUGCUCAUUUUUGAGAAAAAGAGUUGCUGUGCUGGAUGAAAAAAGUUUUUUUUAUCACUUGAUGGUUUUUCCGAAUUAAAGAUAAAAUACAGUGAAUAAAUGUAAUAGUCAUGGCUGGCACUGUGACGUAGUGGGUAAAGCCGCUGCCUGCAAUGCUGGAAUCCCAUAUGGGCACCGGUUCGAGACCUGGCUGCUCUACUUUCGAUCCAGCUCUCUUCUAUGGCCUGGGAAAGCAGUAGAAGAUGGCCCAAGUGCUUGGGCCCCUGCAUCCACAUGGCAGACCUGGAAGAAGCGCCUGGCUUCAGAGUGACGCAGCUCCGGCCAUUGCAGCCAUCUGGGGAGUGAACCAGUGGAUGAAAGACCUCUCUUUCUCUCUCUGCCUCUGCAUCUCUGUAACUCUGCCUUUAAUACAUCUUUUAAAAAAAAAAAAAUGAUAACAGUCAUAAAGAGAGAACAAAGAGCCAAGAGUAGAAGUCAGGUAUGGGAAUUGGUCCUGGUUCUACAAUAGUAUGACUUGGGUAAGUUACUUCUCAAGCUUGAGUGUCAGUCCCUGAACAGUAAAAUAAUAGAUCUGUUAAUAGCCUAUUUCUUUAUAGUUCCUUCCCUUACUAUUAAGAUACAUUUAUCAGAUUUUCUAUAAUAUAAACUAAUAUUGUAGAUAAUAGAGCUUGAUUAAGUGUUGGAAUCCCCUCAAUAUUUAUUGAAUCUGUGUUUUUGACUUUUGGCUAAAAUUAUAAAUCUGUAAUAUAAUGGAUAAUACUACUUUUAUAAUUUUAUGUUAGUUGAACUAAGGAGCCACCCAUUAGCUCAGUUCUUAGGAGAGAUACUAAACUUGAAAGAAUAUUGUAUUUCAGUACCUUGUAAGUUACUGACUAUUAUAAUACAUAGUCAUUUAAAAUUGUAACAACAUCCUGUAUUUAUGGUUAUAUUUAUAAGCCAAAAAUUUUAAUGAAGUUGGUUAAAAAAUAUGUUUUUUAGAAUUCAUAGUUUGUUUCUUGAUAGGUAUACCUUUUUAAGUGUCUGCUAUCUCAUUUCAAAUUCCAGAAUAAUAGAGUAAUAAUUAAUACUGUAUCUCCCCACUUAUAUAUAAUUCAUUAAAAUUCACAAGCAAGAAAUUUUAGAUAAGUGAUAAGGACUAUAGGGGGAGAGUGGUAAUGUUUAUAUAAAUAAAACUACUGCUUAUAGGCAUACAACUUAAGAAAAAGGAAUGUAAUAGCAAACUUUGUUGUGAAAACACAGUCUUUGACAGAUUAUAUGUUUCCUGAAAAUUGGCCAUAAAUGUAAUUAAUUGUGUUACUGCCAGUGGUGUUAAGCAAGUUCCUUUCAGUCUGAUUCUUAGUUUUCUCAUCUGUUAACUAGAAAUACUGUUAUCUGUCUUGAAGGAUGAUUUUGAGAAUUUAAUAAGGUAACAUGGUUUGAAAAUAGGAGGUGCUCAAUAAAUAUUGUCUCUGAUUAGUAUAUUAGAGAAAAUAAUAUACUAAUUAACUGCAUGAUGGUUUUUCUUUUUACUAGAUUUCAUUUGGCUUCUUCAGGCUAAUAAAAUUAAUUAUAUGAAAGUUUACUAGCUAAUUAUAAAAAGAUUAGAGGUGUCUAUUAGGUGAUCAUUGGGAGAACAAAAAUUUUUAACAUAUGUGCAGAUAAUUAGUAGAGUUAAUAUAAUAUUUUUAAGUAUUCCCAUGUUGGAUUUUGCUAAUACUUAAAUAAUAUAGACAAAAGUAACUCACAAUAAAGUAGUGAUAUUUCAAGUCAGUUUUCAACAGUGUACAUCAUAAUUUUGUUUGCUUAUAGAUUCCUCAGAAAUGUAUCUAUGUAUCUAGUUGUUUCUUUAAAAUUAAUUAUAGGUAUUUAAGGUGUGUUCAUGGCUUAUCUAUAUUCAGUUGAAGAUGUUCUCAAGCUAACCCAGUUAGCUUUCAAUUAUAUUUUCAGGAUCUGGCCAACUUUAUUUCUUACCUGGACCAUUACAGUAGCCUGUAAGCUAAUGCUGCUUAUAUUUUCAAUUUUUAAUCUUCAUUUCAUCCUGGACUCUGCUGUCAGCUUCUUAUCUAAACUAUAAUUCUAACUAUAUCACCCACUCACCACUUAAUUUCCUAUCUCAAAAUACUCUCUAGUAUCUAUAAAAUAAAUCCAAACUUGUUACCAUUAUGUAUUUGCAUGGGUUUAAAAAAUUAUUGCACCAAAAUAUGUUUAUUUUUUAAAUUCUAUUUUCCAUAAACUUUUGAAUUAUCCUUGUAUGAUUCUCUGUGAUUCUGUUCAUCCCAUGUUUUAACCAUACCAGAUUUCUCAGCAUUUCCCAAAUAUAACAGGUAUUUGCCUCUGGUUUUCUUUCAUAAAUUCAACCAGCCUAUAAAAAUUGUAUUUCAACUUCGGUGGAAUUUCAUUUUUUUUUUGUUUUCUAGUCACAGUUGUUUUCUUUAUAACACUAGAACAGCGUUUACCUUACGUUUUUAAUGUCAUGAUUCUAUCUGUGACUGCCUUUUCAAUUAGAUUGUAAGCUUUCUGGAAGAAUGUUCCUGUAAGCUCUUCUGCAGUAUGACCUUGCUGUCCUGGGUCAACAGGUGGAGUUAUUUCCUCUCCCUUAUUCUGGGAAGGUUCUGUGAUGAUUUUGAAAGGUAGAAUACUGCAAAAGUGACACUGCCAAUUCCAAAUUCAGCCCUUAGUAGACCUUUGAAACACUCCCAUUUCCAAAUCUAGGUGCCAUGUGAGACAUGUGAUUACCACAAGUUCAUGCAACAAAGGCCCAUGCCAUGUGGAGCAGUUCUGAAGAAUGUGACAUUUGAGUGAAAAAGCCGUGUUGGAAACUGAGCCUCCAGUCACAGCUUCUCAAGAUGGCAUGAAAUGCAUUAGAGACAACCAACUAGCUGAGCUCUCCUCAGAUUCCUUAAUGAUGAAAUUGUGAACAGAGUAAAAUAUUUGCUUUAAGCCAAAAAUAUUGGGCAGGAUCAUGAGUAAUGAAUAACCAACAACCUCUUUCUCCAUUCGCCUCUGUCCUUCCUGUGCUGCUGUGAACCAUAGUAGCCAUUCUACAAAAUCUCAGCAGUAUUAUGCAUCCCUGUGUUAAUCUCACUUCCCUGAAGCCCGUUCCUGGUUGAACUCAAGGGCUUUUUUUGUUCCUAGAUCAGAGCAACUAGCUGGAGAAAAUGACACAAAUGAGCAGACUUCAUUCUAAAUUCAUGAACACAAACCUCAAAUGACCCACAAGUAUAUCUUUAGUAAGUUCAUAAUUCCAUUCUAAGUUCUCCUUCACAUUCCUCUCCUGCUCCUCCCUUGUAUUUGCCCAGGCUGAGGAUCUCAUCACAUGCUUCAUUGAGAAAAUCCACAGUUAUCAAAACCCCUGAUUAUGGACUGGAUUGUGCACUUAUAAUCAUGUAAGAAAGGCUAAUGAGAUCAUGAGGGUGAGGCUCUGAUACAGGAUUAGUGUCUAUGCCAGAGAACUGCCCUUUCCUCCCUGUGAGGACAUAGCAAGAAGGCAACCAUCUCUAAGUCAGGAGAACUGUCACCUUUAACCUGACUGUGCCGGCAGCCUGAUCUCACAUAUCCACCUCUCGAAGUGUGACACAACAAACCUCUGUUUAAGCCACCACCCAGUCUGUGAUAUUUUGUUAGGGCAGCCUUAGCUGACUAAAACACCCUUGUAAUCCAAAACAGAAUUGUUAAGAUGAUAAAUCUAUAUGCAUCAACAUGAAUAAAUCUAAGUUGAGAAAGAUUUGAUAAUAGUAUACUACUUAAUUUAAAAAUUUAAAUGCAUAAAAUAAUAACUAAUGUUUUAAAUAUAUAUGUAUGUAUGUAUUUUUUCAUGCAUAGUUAGAAAAUAGAUGAGACACCAUUUGGCUUAAUGGUUAAGAAACUGCUUGAGAUGUCCAUAUCAUAUCAGGUUUCCUAGGUUUGAAUCCCAGCUUUACACCCAGUUCCAGCUUCCUGCUCAUACACUUCAUGGGAGGUAGCAGAUGAUUGUUCAAAUAAUUGCGUCUAACACAUACCUGAGAGACACUGGGAUUGAGGUCCUGGCUCCUGGCUUUGCCCAGUCUCAGCUAUUACAGGCAUUUGGGGAGUGAACUAGCAAAUGAGGUAUCUCCCGUUCUCUCUCUAUCCAACCUUUCAAAUAAGUAAAAAAGUAAAUAAAAAAUAUAUGAACACUGAUUUUACGAUCAUGAUGACCUUUAAGGAGGCAAGAAGGUGAAUUAGGAUACAGAUUUUGUUUCUUUUAAAAAGAAAAAUGAGGUAGCUGAAUAAAAAUGUUAAGACCUAUUUAUGCACCUGGUUUAUUAACCUGUGUUUAAAAUAUUUCAAAGUUUGAAAAUUACAUAAAUGAUUAAAAUGAAAGGGUAUGUUAGCCUUAUGAAAUUUAAUUCUAGGAGUCAUUAUGUACAAACUUCAUUCUUACAGUUGGUUAUGAUUCUUCUCUAUUUUAAGACCCCUUAGGAGAAAGGGUUGAAUGGAGGGAGAUUACACUUAAAUAAUUAAUUUGAAAUCAAUAAGCUUACAUUUUAGAAGAAUUAUACCUCCCUCCCCAAAGAUGUCCACAGGCUGAGCUCUAGGAUCUAUGUCUUACCUUACAUGGCAAAAGAUAGUCUACAGAUAUAAUUAAGAUGGAAGAGUAUGGUGCAUUGUGUGAUUGUGUGGAUGGACCCAGUGUAAGAGUCCUUAAAAGUAUAGAACCUUUUCCAGAUGCAAUGCAAGGACUCAAGAUUGUUGCACGUUGUAGGGAUGGCAGUAGGAGAUCCCAUCUAAGGCACACGGGUACCCUCUAAAAGCUGGAAACAGCUCUCAUUUUAUAGCCAAGAAGAAGGUCUCAGUACUAUAACCGCAAGGAAAUGAAUGCUGCCAACAAUCUAAAUAAGCAGAAAACAGAGCCUCUCAGAAGGAACACAGUGUACCAACACUGAUUUUGGUCUAGUGAGAGCCUUACCCAACUUACCUACAGAACAAACAUUGGUUUGUUAAGCCACUAAUUUUGUAGUAACUGUUAAUUACAGCAGUAUGAGAGUAAUACAGGUACUUAAUCUGUGAUUCACCUUUGUUUCAUUCUCAAGUUUUUCCCCCACAUACCUUUACAGAGUACAUCCCACCUUAGCCUGUUUGAUUUACUGAAGACUCAGCUUCCUUAUUGAAAUACAAAUAGUGCUGUAAUCACCGGCUCACUAGGCUAAUCCUCCGCCUUGUGGCGCCGGCACACCGGGUUCUAGUCCCUGUCGGGGCACCGAUCCUGUCCCGGUUGCCCCUCUUCCAGGCCAGCUCUCUGCUGUGGCCAGGGAGUACAGUGGAAGAUGGCCCAAGUUCUUGGGCCCUGCACCUGCAUGGGAGACCAGGAGAAGCACCUGGCUCCUGCCAUCGGAUCAGCGUGGUGCGCCGGCCGCAACGCGCCAACCGCGGCGGCCAUUGGAGGGUGAACCAACGGCAAAAAGGAAGACCUCUCUCUCUCUCUCUCUCUCUCCCUACUGUCCACUCUGCCUGUCAAAAAAAAAAAAAAUACAAAUAGUGCUGUAAUCAGAGGUUGUAUAUAUUGAAUGUCAUAUAUGCAGUUGUGCUUUGCAAACUAUAAAAGGUUAUAGAAAUUUCAACCAUUAAUACUACUACUUAAUUACUAUUUAAUUUGCUUUUGGUAGUGGUCUUAUGCUAAAAAACAAAAAUUGUAUUCUUAUGCCUAUGUUCAUUCAUUUAAGCCUAAAUAUAUGCAAACUUCAAAAUGUGUCACUGUCCUCAGAGUGAAAAAAAAUUGUCAUUUCUCAUUAAUUAUUUGUUUCUGUGAAAACCCAUAACCAUGAUCCACAUUGGGGAUUGCCUGGUGAAACUGAGUUUGUCAUCUGAGGUAAAAUAGGCCACAGAUUUACUCCUACAGCACACAUCCUGAAACUGAAAGAUUGCCUGGUUUAUGGAAGAAGAAAGUCUAAGGAUCAGCAUUGUGGCCCAGCAGGUUAAGCCUCCCCUUGUAAUGUUGGCAUCCCAUAUCAGAAUUCUGGUUCAUGUUGCAGCUAUUGUGCUUUGGAUCCAGCUUCUUGCUAAAGCAUCUGCCACCCAUCUACAAGAGCUGGAUGGAGUUCCAGGCUCCUGGCUUUGGCCUGGCCCAGCCCCAGCCACUGGGACCAUUUGGGAAGUGAGUCAGUGGAUGGAAGAUUUUCUGUCUGUCUUUCACUGUGUGUCAAUCUAUUUGUCAAAUAAUUCCUUUUUUAAAAGAUUUAUUUAUUAGAAAGGCAGAGUUACAGAGAGGCAGAGGCAAUGAGAGAGGGAGAUGUCCUCCACCUGCUGGUUCACUCCCCAAAUGGCCAAAACAGCUAGAGCUGAGCCAGCCCGAAGCCAGGAGCUUCUGAUGUGUUUCCCAUACGGGUACAGGGCCCAAAGGACUUGGGCCAUCUUCUACUGCUUUCCCAGGCCAUAGCAGAGAGCUGGGUCACAAGUGGAGUUGCCGGGACUUGAACCGGUGCCCAUAUGGGAUGCUGGCACUGUAGGCAGCAUCUUACCUGCUACACCGCAGCGCCAACCCCAUAUAGAAAUCUUUUGGCCGGCGCUGUGGCUCAAUAGGCUAAUCCUCCACCUGCUGCGCUGGAACACUGGGUUCUAGUCCCUGUCGGGGCGCUGGAUUCUGUCCCAGUUGCUCCUCUUCCAGUCCAGCUCUGUGCUGUGGCCCAGGAGUGCAGUGGAGGGUGGCCCAAGUCCUUGGGCCCUGCACCCUAUGGGAAACCAGGAGGAAGCACCUGGCUCCUGGCUUCAGAUCAGCGCCGUGUGCUGGCCGCAGCGUGCCGGCCGCAGUGGCCACUGAGGGGUGAACCAACGGAAAAAGGAAGACCUUUCUCUCUGUCUCUCUCUCUCACUGUCCACUCUGCCUGUCAAAAAAAAAUCUUUUUAAAAUGUCUAGGAAUUUUUGAACUUCGUAAGAAUUACAGUGAUCAUUCCUCAGUAUCUGUAGGAAAGGAAAUACGUGUGGGUGAGAAGGGUAGAUGAAAAAGGAAGGCUGUGUGAAAGUGAAGGAGGGAGGGUGGGUGAGUGGAUGGCUAGGUAGAUAUAUAAAUGUAGAGAAUUUAAAUUUCUCUUUUCUGACUACUGCUUUCCUAUAUAGUAGCCAGGACUUAAGAUUAUGAACAAGAAUGUGAGGAUUCUUUCACAGUCUCCUCAACAUCCAGGAGCUGAUGAGGAAAUCCUCCCUGUGAACUGAGAGUCUGGAUUCCUCACCCCCUUCUCAGCAAAUAAGAGACCCUCAUUGCUAAAGGAGUCUCAUCGGGUAUUGGAUGUCAAGAACUAAGUUGGUGUUUUGAUGUGCUCAUCUACAAAUCAAAUUGGGGCAAUAAAGAAGGUAAUACUAUGGAAUGUUCUCCCCUAAUUUAGACUCUGUUCCUGAAUUCCUUCUCACCACCACCAAUGAACCUGCCUAAGGUUUCAGUUAGUGACCAAAGCAGCUCUGAAAUAGUACAGGAGGGAAUUUUGAAUUCGAGCUGUUUUCAUUGCAAAGGAUAGAAACUCAGUGCAACUCCAGAAAGGUUUUCAAAAGAGAGCAGAAUUGAGGCCUGCGCCGUGGCUCACUUGGCUAAUCCUCCGCCUACAGCGCCAGCGCCCCGGGUUCUAGUCCUGGUUGCUCCUCUUCCAGUCCAACUCUCUGCUGUGGCCCGGGAGGGCAGUGGAGGAUGGUCCAAGUGCUUGGGCCCUGCACCCGCAUGGGAGACCAGGAGGAAGUACCCAGCACAGCGCUGGCCGUAGCGGCCAUUAGGGGAAUGAACCAACAGAAGGAAGACCUUUCUCUCUGUUCUCUCUGUCUCUCUCUUACUGUCUACAACUCUCUCUCUGUCUCUCUCUCUCUCUCAUUGUCUAACUCUGGCCAAAAAAACAAAAACGAGAAUUGAAUUGCUCUAAGAAGGGUCUUCCAAGAUUCCAAAAAUGAGUUGCACCACAGAUCUGCCUUUGGUGAUUGGCACUGAAAGCCAUCUGAAACAUCCUGACAACAACCUCCUGAAUGGCACCUGUUCCUUGCUUUCUUAGCCAAACCUUAUAAACUUGGUUUACAAACUGGCCUCCUAAGCUCCUCCACAUCAUGAGCACCUUUGUGACCCACUAUUAAUGAGUUGACUCAUUCAGUUUUUCAAUUCCAAAUUCCCAAAGUGAUCUAGUUGACCUGGGUUGUAUUUUUAAGCCAGUGGUACUCUAGCAAACCUGUGAAUUGACUUCCCUUUUGUCAAGUCUCAUGAGCUGCAGUUGAAGGCACUGAGAAGGGUGGGAAAGGGGUACAGAAUGAAGUCUAGGCUACCUCAUUAAAACUUUUAGUAAUAUCCCUUUGAGAAAGAGGCUGUUGAGUGGACAGGCAGAACUGACUGUUCUGUUCAGCAGUAAAAUGUGAACCAAAUGAAAAUGGCAUUUUUAUACACAAUUGUUUGCUUUUCAGGCAGGUUUCUCUAGCUUCAUGCCUUUCCUUGAUCCUUUAGCAGCCCACUAAGCCUCUUCUCUAUUCCCAAAGAAACUAAGAAUCAGGUAGUACUGGACAGGAUAACUUACAACCUUGUAAAAGUGACGGUAGUUUGGAAGAUAAUAUAAUGAACUAAGUAGUUUUAAUAUGAAUUAUUUAUAAAUGUAAAUACACUAUAGUUAUUGGAGUUAUUCCCAUCAUUAAAUGAAUAAAUAACCUGGGGAUAUCUAUAUUAUACAUAUUUAAUAUGUUAAUAAAAGAAACUAAAGUAUUAGUCUCACUUAAUACACAGUCAAUUUCAGAGAAACCUUAAGGACAAGGAACAAUUCAUCCUUAACCUGUAAGCAAUACAUCAAUGAUUUGUUCCAAGGUGACAAGGUUUAGAUUUUUAAUAGCUUCCCUGUGGCAUAUAAACAAAUAGUGUGUGGUAUCUGAUUAAAUAUGGUGUCCCUGUGUUCUGCUGCAUCACUAGUGGAUUUAUUCAUGUAUUCGCUCUCUUCCUAAAUUCUACAUCUGGACAAUGGGAAAAUAUUUUCUUAUAUUUUCAUACUAGAGAGAAUAUAUUCUCUUAAUAGACAUUCUAUUCCUGAUUCCCAUUCUCUUUGGCCCUCUCUGCCUCCCUCAACACCCUUAUACCAACAGCCUCCAGGCUACUCUGGGUCCCAGAGUCUUUGGCAUUGUGAUGACUGUACCUCACAUAUCUGUGCUGUUACUUUUAUUGAAGUGUUAGUUUUCCCAUCUGCAUUGUGAUACAGUUUAGCAUUUUUGUCAGUAUUGGAUAUGAGGACUUGAUUGUAUACAUUCCAAUAAUGGAAAGUUGAUGAAUAUUUCACGACAGAAACUGGAACUGAUGUGUUGUAAUGUAUAUGAGGUACAUUUUAAAUGUUCUUAUAUAUGUUUAACUGCUUAUAUUUUAAUUUAAUUUAGCAUAAAUGAGCAAAUAUCUUAUAUUGGUUUAACUCAACAUACCCCCCUUAUUUCGCUUACUUUAAAAUAUUAGUGAAAAUAUUAAAAUUAUUUUUAUUGCCUGACAACUACACAAAGAUGCUAUAUUAGUAUAUACAUUUUACAUGCUUCUGUAUGUUUGAAAAAGACUACAUUGGUUAAUAUUUAAUAUAAAUAAUAAUUAUUUUUAAAUGCCUAAAAUUAAAAGUUGCCCUUAAUAAGAUGGAAAAAUUACAUUAAUUAAUAAAGUGCAUUUUUUGUUUGCAAAUGAUAUAAUUCUGCAAAUAUAUAUAUAUAAAGAUUCCACCGGAAGACUAUUGGAAUGAAUAAAUUUAAAUAAAUUAGUAAAGUUUCAGGAUGCAACAUGAAGAUCAGUGGUAUUUUUAUGGCUUGUUGAAAAGGAAAUCAUGAAAGUAACCCUCCCUUCACACUAACUACAAAAACAAUAAAAUACCUGGAAUAAAUUUAACCAAGAAAGCAAAAGGCCUCCACAAUGAAAAUUACAAAACACUUAUGUGAAAAUUGAAGACAUAAAUGGAUUGGAGGAAUUAAUACUGUUAAAAUGACCAUAUUACCCAAAGCAAUUUGCAGAUUCAAUGCACUGUCCUUCAAAAUAUCAAUGACAUUCUUCACAGUGAUAGAAAAAAAAUCCUAAGUUUCAUAUGGAAAAUACCCACCAAAACAAAAGUAAUCUUGGACCUAAAUAACAAAGCUAGAGGUAUCACAAUACCUGAUUUAAAACAUAAUAUAGAGUCAUAGUAACCAAAACAGCGUGGUACUGACAUAAAAACAGGCUCAUAAAGAAAUGGAAAAAAAGAAAUUCCCAAAAUAAACCUAGACAUCUACAGCCAAUUGUUUUCUGUCAAGAGCACCAAAAACAUACAUUAGAGAAAGGGCUACUUCAAUAAAUGGUUCUGGGGAACUGGAUAUCCAAAUGCAGAAGCUUGAAACUUGACCCUACUUCUCACCUUAUACAAAAAUCAGCUCAAAAUGGAUCAGAGACCCACAUACAAAACCUGAAACAAUGAAACUACAGAAGAAACUUCGGGGAAACACUACAAGAUAUCAGUAUAGGCAAUGAUUUUAUCGACAAUGGAAUAAAAUAAAUAGACUAAGUAAAUUAUAUGAAUAUAAGAAGUUUCUUUGCAGCAAAGGAAACAACUAACAGAGUGAAGGGACAAACUACAGAAUGGGAAAAAAUAGUUUGAAACUACUCAUCUGGCAAAUGAUUCAGAAUAUUUAAGGAACUCGAACAAAAAAAUCAAAUUUUGAAUUGGCAAAUGAGCUAAAUAUAUCUCAAAAGAAAUAUGAAUGGUCAACAAAUAUAUGAAAAUGGUCAGUAUCAUUAGUCAUCAGGGAAAUGCAAUCAAAACCAUGAUGAGAUAAUAUCUCACCCUUGAUUGAAUGGCUAUUCUUAAAAAGACAAAUACCAAAUGCUGGUGAGGAUGUGGAAAGGGGGAACUCAUCCACUGUUGGUGGAAAUACAAAAACAGCCAUCAUGGAGAAUAGUAUGGGAGUUCCUCAAAAAACUAAAACCUAUAAUAUAAUCUAGCUAUUUUGGGUCUGUGUAUAUAUAUCCAAAGCAAAUGAAAUCAACAUACCAAAGAGAUACCUGCACACCCAUGUUCAUUGCAGCAUAACUAACAAUAGUGAUACAGAAUCAACCUAGGUACCCAUCAGUGGAUGAAUGGGUAAAGAAAAUGUGGUCUACAUGUAUGAUAGACUGUUAUUCAGUCACAAAGAAAAUUGAAAUCCUGUUAUUUGCAGAAAAGUUGAUGGAACUGGAAGAUAUCAUAUUAGUGAAAUAAACCAGGUACAGAAAAAUAGAUACCACAUAUUGUUUCUCAUAUAUGGAAGUUAAAAAAAUCUAAAAAUAAUGAAUAUGAGAAGUAUGGAAAAGAUAGAGGCAGACUGAUAAAUGGACAGCAAAACAGAAGUAAUAGGUUCUAGAAUUCUAUAGCACAGAACUACAGUUCACAUAAAAACUUACAUAUUUUAUGAAGAACUGGAAGAGAGAAUCCUAAAGGCUCCAAACAUAAAUAAGGAGCUAGAAAUGCUAACUAACAUGAUCUGCUCAGGAAAUAAAUGUAUUCAAAUACCACACUGUACCUGAUAAAUAUGUGAAGUUAUUAUGUGUUAAUAAAAAAAAUGUAUAAAACUUUUGUGGAAUGUAAAAACAGUACAUUAAAAUUAUAGAAUAAGUGGAUUUUUUUCAAGAUGUGCUGGCUGAGGGUGAAGGUGGUUUUUGUCCUUUUAAGGACAAAAAAGUCAUUUUUAAAUGACUUCGGGGCCGGCGCUGUGGUGGAGCGGGUUAAAGCCCUGGCUGAAGCACCAGCAUCCCAUAUGGGCACUGGUUCUAGUCCUGGCUGCUCCUCUUCUGAUCCAGCUCUCUGCUAUGGCCUGGGAGGACAGUGGAGAUGGCCUGGGUCCUUGGGCCCCUGUACCCAGGUGGGAGACCCGGAAGAAGCUCCUGGCUCCUGGCUUCAGAUUGGCGCAGCUCCGGCCGUUGCAGCCAU